AUGGGACGCCGCAAGCGACAGAAGUCGCCCUCUGACGAUGGCGAGGAAGACCAACCAAAGAAGCGCCCCCGGGCAACCCGUCAGCUCCGCAGCAGUAACCGCAAUAUCAACGUCGCCACCACCGAUAAUGUCAACGUCGACGUGAGAGAUUUUGCGUACGAGCAACCGAACCCAGCAACCCGUCAGCGCCGCAGAAGCAACCGCAACGUCAAAGCCGCCGACAACGAUGACGAUGACAAUGAAGAUGAAGAUGACGUGGAGAAGACAGGUGUCGCGGACGACCGACCGGACAAGAGCUUCCCGGCAAUAAAUCGUAAAUCGCUCCGUAGCAGCAACCGCAACCGCAAUGUCGCCACAACGGAUAGCGGUAAGGCUAAGACAACAGAUGUCACGGACGACCAACCAAACAAGCGCGUCCCAGCGACCCGUCAGCCCCGCAGAAGCAACCGCAGCAUCGGAGCCCCCGUCAACUGUUAUGGUGAAUAUUAUGGUGACGCUGCGGCGGCAGAUGUCGCAGAGGAUCAACCGAAGAAACGCAUCCCAGCAACCCGUCAGCGCCGCAAAAGCAACCGCAACAUCAACGUCGCCACCGAUGAUAGUAAUAACGAUGACGAUAGUGAUAACAACGACGAUAGUGACAACGACGAGGAUAGUGAUGACGACGACGAUGGUGAUAACGUCAAGAAGACCAGUGUCGCAUACUUCCAGAACCGUGGAGAGGAGCCCUGGGCCUGGACCGAAUCAGGCGACACCGACAUCCACUACGCGGCCGAGAAGCAAUUUGCGCACCUCGCAGUCGCACUCCAGGAGCACGCAAAGCCCGCCCUGAAUUCACCAAUUUCUCCCAGGGCCCCAAUCCGCAGCACGCUCGUCGUCCACGUCCACGGCCUGGGCCUGGGCACCAUAGUAAACGGCACCCGCACCGGCUUCGGUGCUUGGGUCGUCUACUUCGGACCCGGAUCGCCGUACAACACGCGCCAGACCGCCAAAAACCUGAAGCACACGGGGCCGAUGUCAGACUUGGAGGCGAAGGUGCGAGCCCUGGAGCUCGCGGCCGACCGACUCGGCUCUAUCUCCAAGGGAAAGGGAAGAUCCUCGUUUGCCGGCAUUCGUUGGGUCAUCAUCGUGUCCGACUCGAGCCUGGUCGUGCACUCCGUGGCGAACCCCGACGUGGGGCUUGCCGGCGGCAUCGAAACCGCUCGUCGGGAGGCUAUCAAUGCCAAGCUGGACCGUCUGGUACUUGGUCCUAAAGGCGGAACCAAGGUUAGCUUCUCUGUUACUGGUUGGAGGUCCGUUGGACAGCGAGCAGCACGGGCCUAUGUCAAGAAUAUUCGUUGA